CCGGCAGCGUUCCGGCUCCCGCAGCUCUAAGGCGCGCGGUACCUCUGCCCGGUGGUCCCGGCUUCCGCGUCCCCAGACUCGGCCCCAUCCUGACCCGGCUUGGGUCUCCGCCUCGCUCCCGCCCCAGCCGCGGCUCGCCAAGCCCGCGGCCAACCGAGCUGCCAGCGACGCCCGCACAGCCGCGGGGGCCCGGGCGGGGGGCCAUGCCUUGCCGGAGGGAGGAGGAGGAGGAAGCCGGCGAAGAGGCGGAGGGGGAGGAGGACGACGACAGCUUCCUCCUGCUGCAGCAGUCGGUGACUCUGGGCGGCUCGACCGACGUGGAUCGGCUCAUCGCCCAGAUCGGCGAGACGCUGCAGCUGGACGCGGCGCACGAUCGCCCGGCUUCGCCGUGUGCCACCCCGGGUCCCCCACCCGCGCCCCCGCGGGUCCUGGCGGCGCUGUCGGCGGAUAAGACCGGGACCCCAGCGAGGCGGCUGCUGCGGCCGACGGGGUCAGCGGAGACCGGGGACCCUGCGCCUCCCGGGGCCGUGCGCUGCGUGCUGGGGGAGCGCGGGCGUGUGCGGGGCCGGUCGGCGCCCUACUGCGUUGCGGAGAUCGCCCCGGGCGCCAGCGCGCUUCCCGGGCCGGGGCGGCGAGGGUGGCUCCCCGGCUCGGUGGCUUCUCACCGAAUCCAGCAGCGGCGGUGGACAGCAGGCGGAGCGCGCGCGGCCGACGACGACCCGCACCGGCUCCUGCAGCAGCUCGUGCUCUCCGGAAACCUCAUCAAGGAGGCGGUGCGCAGACUCCAGCGAGCGGUCGCCGCGGUGGCGGCCACGAGCCCCGCGAACGCUCCGGGGUCCGGGGGUGGCCGAAGCGGACCGGACUCAGUCACUCUGCAGCCCUCGGGCGCCUGGCUCUGACAGGGGAUCCCUGGAGGAGGAAGAGGACGCGGCUACGCGGAUCCAACAUCGUCUUGCCCGGGACUGUGCGGAGCAGGAGCUGUUGUUGUCCAUCCCUCGGGCUACAGCCUCAAAGUUACCGGCCGCGAGAGGCUGUUAGAGAAAACGGACUCUACUGAGUAGCACCAGCAGCUGAGGACCUGGGAUCUACCGGUUGAACUGUGGCAGCUACUUAAUCCACUUGGACCUGAUUUAGCCCUUAUCGUGUGCUUGGAUUGUUUAUAGAUGUGGCUCGCAGGGGCGGGAAUCAGGAGGGCUUCUAACAAUACUUGAAAACCAAUAGUAGAUAUGAUCUCGUUAUUUUCGGGUACAGAAGCUUUCUGAAUAUGGUGCUACAAUUGCAGAGCAGAGCGGUUCUAGGGUGAAGAACAUAAGUUGGCAGAUUUAUGUUGGGUUGACAACGCUUGCUUUCUCCUGCUUAAUUUGUGAUUAUGAAGGUUGGGACCUGGAUGGUGAAUUCUUGAAGGUGGGGAGAGAUGAGUUUAAAUGGGGACGUGCAAAUGAUUCGACCUUGCCAACUUGAACUCAAGGUCAGGUUGGUAGAGUGGAGUGUUGUGGGAUUCUUGGGAGCGCUCACCCCAGUGUCCUUUUCUGGAUCCAAGCACAGACCAGAGUGUCCCUUUGCCACCGCGUGGAGUCUCCCGAGGACACAGGCCGACAGGGCCAUCCAUGUAGGAAGAGUUAUUUGUGGUUUCUGUGCUUUGCUUUUCCAGAACUACUUCUGCUAGGCCACACUUUGGCCAUAGCGCCAGCUUUCUCAGAAGUGGUCAUAAGCAACCUCCUGAUCUCCCUGCGGCCAUUGUGUUUGUAGUGUGUGUGUGUAGG